CCAGACAGUUAUCAGAGUUAAUCAAAUAGUGAAAAGUUAUUAGAUAAGAAGCUGCCUUUUAAUAAUGAAAAUGCUCGUUGUUAGGCACUUUUACUUGGAUCACAAUGAAGUUAACGUUACCAAUAUCGGUGUGUUUAUGCUUGCUUCACCUCGUUCUUACACGAGGAGAAAGUACCGUGGAUGAGGAACCCGAAUUAAAGAUCUCAACUGGACUUAUAAAGGGUAAAUCGGUUCAUUUUCGAGGAAUCAAAGUUUACAACUUUUUGACGAUUCCUUACGCUGAGCCACCAGUCAAAGACUUACGAUUCAAGAAGCCAGUACCAAAAAAGCCUUGGAAUGGAUUGUUGGAGACAAACAAGUGGGGUCCUUAUUGUGCUCAACCAGAUUUACUUGGGUUGACUGCUAGUGUUACAGUGACUGAAGAUUGUUUGGUUUUGAAUGUCUUUGUGAGAGCAUCCGCUAUAAAUGACAAACAAAAAGGCGUUAAAAGGCCACGACCAGUCAUGGUUUGGAUUCACGGAGGCGCUUUCAGCCAUGGGUCAGCAAAUCAAGUUGAUGAAAGUGAUGGCACUCCAUUAGCUGGACUUCACGAUGUAAUUGUUGUAACAGUAAACUAUCGUUUGGGUCCAUUUGGUUUCCUGUAUUUACCUGAACUGGGUAUUCCUGGUAACAUGGGUCUUUGGGAUCAAAACCUGGCUCUGCAAUGGGUUAGAGAUAACAUUGAAUACUUUGGUGGUGAUCCAAAUAGAGUAACACUUUUCGGUCAAUCAGCUGGUUCAAUGUCAGUUUCAGCUCACGUUGUGUCACCUCAAUCAAAAGGAUUAUUUAAAAAUGUGAUUCUUCAAAGUGGCGCCAUUUAUGAUUUUAAACGAUGGACUGUUGCAGACGUUAAUAAGCCUUUUAUAAAAGCCACUGGUUGCUCAUCCGAAUCAAAUGAAAAAAUUGUUUCAUGUUUAUCCUCAUUCGACUAUAAAAAGCUUGAAAAUGUUGAUAGCUUUUGGCCUGUAAUUGGUGAUGAAUUUCUUCCACAAGAACCUGAAAAGGCUGUUGCUUCAAAAGGUUUUGACUCCAAAAUCAAUGUUUUAUUAGGAACUGUUGGUAACGAAGGAGCAGUUUUAUUGUUGGUCAAAGAUCCACUUACUUUCGCUCCAAUUAAUCCAACCAACCUGACUUUACCACAUGCUAAACAUAUUUUGAAAUUGUUAUUUGGUGAACCAGCACUUCCCUACUACAUUGAAAAAUACUUGUCCAGUGUUUCGCCAAAUGAUCCUGAUGCCAUCAGAAUUGCCGUCUCUUCAGCUUAUGGUGAUACAUUUUUAUCUUGUCCAACCUAUGUCUUUGGACAUGAUCUGGUUAAAAAUGGACAUGCAAAUGUCUAUGCUUACUACCAAUCACAGCGACCUUCGCAAAAUAUACUUCCUUUCAUAACACCAAGUAAAUGGUUACCAGCCAGUCAUGGUGAUGAUGUUCCUAUGGUUUUUGGCAAGCCUUUCUUGCAAGCUGAUAAAUACAUAAUUGAAGAUGUCAUAUUAUCCAAUAUAAUGAUGAAAGUUUGGGCUGAUUUCGCUAAAAAAGGCAAACCUUCACCUAUUGGUACUGAAAAAUGGUCCGCUUGGAGGCCUAGUGAAGUCAACAAUCAUCCAGUUAUGAUACUGGAUUCGCAUAAAAUUGAUGUUGUCGACGUAAAUUUUUGCGAUCGUUGUCUUAGUUCAUGGCCAUUCCCAUUUGGAGCUGCAAAUGGAAAGCCUUUGACUCCUGAACCUGGUUUCUUUGCUUGGAUUGAAAAAAAUCACGAGGAACUUUGAUGACAUCGUUUGAAAUAUUAAUAGCAAAUAAAAUGCUUUUGUACACUAUAAA